AGAGAAAAGAAAGAUAGAAAAGGGAAAAGGAGAAGAUGUUUCAAACGGGGCAGGGGUACGCCAAUUUGGCGACGAGCGAGCCCAUUAGCAAGAAGCCGCAUCAAUACGACGUCGAAUCGGGCGAGACGCUGUUCCCCGGACUCAGCCCCGGCGAGAACCAGCUCCGAUGGGGAUUCAUACGGAAAGUCUACGGGAUCCUCUCCUUCCAGAUCGUUCUCACAACCCUCGUCUCCCUCCUCACCGUCUUAUAUUCCCCGCUCAACGAUCUUCUCAGAGGGAAUUCCCUUCUCCUCCUCAUCGUCGUUUUUCUUCCCUUCAUAUUUUUGAUCCCAUUACUCAGGUAUCAGCAGAAGCAUCCCCACAACUACAUCUUAUUGGGGCUUUUCACCGUCUCGAUUAGCUUGACCGUUGGCAUUUCCUGUGCCAACACAGAAGGAAAAAUUGUGCUUGAGGCUUUGAUUUUGACCUCUGCUGUGGUUUCCUCACUCACUGGCUAUACCUUCUGGGCUUCCAAGAAGGGCAAGGAUUUUAGCUUCCUUGGCCCAUUUUUAUUCACUAGUCUCUUUACCCUGUUUCUCGUUGGCAUGAUGCAGAUGUUCUUCCCCUUUGGACCAGCAGCUCAUGCUAUUUAUGGUGGAAUUGGUGCUAUGAUUUUCUCUGGUUACAUUAUAUACGACACUGACAACCUGAUCAAACGCUUCACUUAUGAUGAGUACAUUGGGGCUUCAGUCACUCUCUAUCUCGACAUUCUGAACUUGUUCCUUGCCAUCUUAAAUAUGCUGAGGGAGGCAAACAAUUAGCCACUCAUCCUGCAUGAACUGAGUUUUUGUCAAUUAAAAUCUCUGAAAUAACUGU